AUGAACGCCUCAGGCUCUGCACAGAGCGGCGGCACCCCCCUCACCUCCCAGGGGCGGUUUGAAGGGGGUAUGACAUCAGGAAGCAGAAGAUUUAAUAGAGGUUUUGCUGCUCGAGGUAGUGGUGCUGAUAAUGCAAAUUCUCGCUUCUCUGGGGCUUUCUACGGCAGACCUCGCGGCCGUUUUGGGGCUCCUGGGCAGCGGAGGGGCUACAGGGGGAGAGGGGUAGGGCGGGGAGGUGCUGCUGCUGCUGCUGCUGCUGCUGCAUCGGCCGCUACAACAGCGACGACACCCGGAACAGCAACAACAGCAGCAGCAACAACAGCAGCAGCAGCAACAACAACAACAGCAGCAACAGCACCAGCUGAUAUCCGAAGGAAGGGCAUAUGCAGUGUCUGCGGGGAAGGUGAUGGUAAGUAUAAAUUUCGCUGCUGCGGCAGCCGCUUCUGCAGCACUAGCUGCUAUAAGCAGCACACGGAGACACCGUGUGAAGGCAAACAAAACGUGAAGAACUCUCUGGCAGUAGAAGAAGCAGAAAAAACAAAAAAGAAAUGCACUGGGGGCGUCGUAGGGCCCACCGGAGGCCCUCCCCUCUCCGGUGUCUAUUCAGCUGUACAUACAGCUGAAGAUUCAAUUGCUCAAACAUGUUUAAACAAUACAGCAGAUAACUUCAACAGCACCAGCUUUGAUGCUGCAGAACUGCAGCAGCAACAGCAGCUGCAUCUGCAGCAGCAGCAGCAGCAGCAGGAAGAGGGCCCACAGGACGCAGAUGAUACGUCCGACAGUUCAGAGGGGCACUCCACUGAUACUUCUGUCUCUGAAGAUGAAGCUGAGAAUAUGCAAGAAAUUAAGAAAGAAAGAUACAGACAACAGACACCGCAGGCGUUCAUAGAGCGAGCGUUUGGCUGUCUCUCUGCUGCUGAACGUGCAGCUAUUCAAAUCUUCUCCUCGCGCCCAGAGCUGCACGAUAUUAAUUUGCAGUCUUCAAUUCGUACGGUGGUUUCUGCAGCAGUUCAAAGCCCAGCUGCAGGUUUCAGCGUUUUGUAUGAAAUGCUGCAGCGGGAGAGUUUUAGAUCGUUUGCUGAGGAAUUAAUGGAGGUAAUAGAUGAAAAAAACGAAAAGAAAAAAGAAAAUAAAGAAAAAACUGAUAUUAAUUCAGCUCAAACUUUGCAAAUUCAUGCACAAAGAUGCAUCAAUGCUGCAGGCGAACGCCGAAACUGA